GUUUAUCCCCAAUGUGAUCCCUCAGAAGGCGUAUGACGCGGAACUGGAAACUUUGCAUCUCGUCUCAAGUUACCUUUGUGGUCUGCUAUUGCGUUCGAAAUGCACGAAUGAACCGAUAAUGAUAGACAGAAACCACAUUAUUUCGAUUUACUUCCUUUUGUGUGUCCGUUGGGAUACUUUAACAGCUACCAUUCUUGUGGUUUGUCUAGAGUGCCAAGUAUUUGAUUGUUCAUUCCAGAGGCACCUAGGCCGAAACGAGUCCGUAGCAGAGUUUCAGGAUGAUGAAGCGCAGUUUGGCCGGAGAAUCGACCCAAAUGCUCCCAUCAUGGUGAAACCAUUUUUUUUAUCUGUAACACUUCCCUACUAGGGACGAAUAUACGCUUCAAAUCCACUUGAGGGCUGCGUUAAUAAAGUGCCGCUGCCUGAGAAUGCAUCUAAGUAUGCAUUACCAUUUGUGUGCUUGCUGAAGCGUGGAAACUGUACUUUUGAAGAAAAGGUCACAGCGGCGGAGCGUGGUGGUUAUGUCGCAGCAAUAGUUUUUAACCACCUGAGUGACGAUAUUUUCCCCAUGUCCUCCAAGACGGGUAAGUCACAGCAUUCUCGGUAACCAAACUUCAGGCUUUCCGGUUAAUAUACCGGCAGUCAUGAUCGGCCGAUCUGACGGCCGGGCAAUGUUCGAAAGAUUCGUUUUCCAUACAGACGCUUACGUUAUUGAAAUAUAUGCCAAUCAUAAGACAGAUAUCACUUGGUACGUGGUCCCUGUUCUAUCGGUGUUGGGCCUCUUCUUAUUGGGCGUUUUAUGCAUGUGCGCUUUCCGCUGGCACGAUCAACGCCGAAGACGUCUUCGCCGUUGUCUCACUUCCAGGCAGCUUAAUUGCCUGCCAAGCACAAAGUUCAUUAAGGGCCAAACUCCCGAUGGGAAAUGUGUCAUCUGUCUGGAGGAUUAUGAGGAUGGAGACAGGCUACGCACGCUACCAUGUGAGCAUGUGUAUCACACAAGAUGUAUUGACCCAUGGCUCCUAAAAGGACGGCGCGUUUGCCCUAUUUGCAAGCGGCCGGUUUUCGAAAGGCGACAACAUCAAUCAUUCUUAGCACGGCUCCGUUCUGGUGUCAGGACUUCGGCCGUUGAUGCGGAAGAUGGAGGUGAUGACCAUCUGCUUAGUGAAUCCGAGUCUGAAACCGAAACCGGUCCAGUCACACUUGAACAGCAACCACGCUCGACUGGUUCCUAUGGUACGUUUCAGUCUGCGGACACUGUACACGUUCCGGUACCACACUCUUCCACAGAAGCCACCCCUCUCCUCAUUCCUGGUUCAUCCGAGGGAUCUCUCCGCCCGCACUCCCCCGCCCUUUCGACCCGCAGCGCAGCUUGUCUGGACGUGAGUGGUGACCACUCAGUAUCCGUCAACACUGAAGCCACAUCUUUUGCGAAUUCCUUGCCCUGUAGCCCAAGUUCAAGGCGUCGAAAUUCGAAAAACUCCACCAAUGUGAACCCGAAUCGUGAGGCAGAAUUAUUUAGAUUAUUUAAUAUUAUUUGCAUUACCACGGGGUCAGGUUCCAGAAGAGCUAUGUCUUAUGCGUACUCGAUAUCUGUGAGCUUUCUGGCCCAGCAAUAUGGAUUGCAGCGCAGGAUUGUAAACUCGACCCUUGAUGGUUCACAAAAGCUGCACUGGCCUUCCCAAUCCGGAUGGAAAUAUGUCUCACCAGCCAACCGGCACGAUACAGCUGCCCAGGUAGAUAGACUUGCCUAUUUUGCACUUCGCAGAUGUGAACCCGAAUCGUGA